AUGCCGCCUGUCGCGUCCAGCACCUCCGCCGAGCCCUCCAGCUCGGCAUCCACAUCAUCUCGCCCCAUCCAGCAAGUAGCCAAAAGCGCAACCGAGCCGCCCAAACACACCUCCUUCUCCUCGAUCGGCAUCUCUCCCAUGCUCAUCCGCAGUCUCGCCGCGCUCCAAAUCAAGAUCCCCACUCCAAUCCAGAGUCUCACCAUCCCCUCCGUCCUCGAAGGGCGCGAUCUAGUCGGUGGCGCUCAAACCGGUUCCGGCAAAACGCUCUGUUUCGCCCUGCCCAUCCUGAACAAGCUCAUCAAAGACAUGGUCGGGGGCUUCGCCGUAGUCCUUACACCGACGCGCGAGCUCGGCGUGCAGCUGCACGAGCAGUUCGUAGCGGUCGGCGAAGGGGCGAGGAUGGGACUUCGGUGCGCUCUCGUCCUCGGAGGCAUGGACAUGAUGAAACAAGCCUCUGAACUCGCAAACUUACGCCCACACGUGAUUGUCGCUACGCCCGGUCGGCUUGUCGACCACCUCCGCUCCGGGGGUGGCGAAGAAUGGGGGUUGCGACGAUGCAGGUUUCUCGUGCUCGACGAAGCGGAUCGGCUCUUAACCCCAACGUUCAAGCCGGAACUCGAUUACCUUCACUCCGUCCUACCGAGCGCAAAGACGCUCCAAACGCUACUGUUCACCGCCACACUCACCGAGGAAGUCGUCGAGCUCGCCAACGCCAAACGACCCGAGGGGAAACCCGAGCCCAUGGUGUGUAAGAUCGAGAUGGACACCAAAACACCUGCGACCUUGGAGCAGAGGUACGUGUUUGUGCCGUCGCACAUUCGCGAGCCGUACUUAUUUCAUGUGAUGCGUCAUCCACCCAUCGCGCCGUCCUCCGAACGCGUGCGGAAGAUGCGCGCCAAACGAAUGGCGGAUUUGGAACGCAAAGCGGAAAACGAACGGAAGAAGGGCAAGCGACCUCGCGUCCAACAGUCAGACGACGAGGAGGAGGAUGCAACGCUUACGCUACCUUCGACCAUCAUCUUUGCUGCGAGGUGCAAGACCGCUGCCACCCUCUCGGGGAUGCUCUCCGAACUCGGAAUACCCAAUGUGUCCUUGCAUUCGCAUCUGAAGCAAUCGGAGCGAUCGAGCAAUCUGCAGAGCUUUCGCGCGCAGCGUGUCCCGGUGUUGAUCGCCACCGACGUAGGUUCUCGCGGACUGGACAUUCCGGACGUAGAACUGGUGGUCAAUUGGGACCUCCCCAGCGCUUGGCAGGACUACGUCCAUCGGGUCGGUCGUACCGCGAGAAACGGCAAACGCGGAUUCGCUAUCAGUUUUAUUACGGAGAGAGACAUCGACGUCGUGCAUUCGAUCGAGGACAAGAUCGGCACCAAGCUCACCCAGCUCGAAGGGCUGGAGGAUGAAGAUGCGAUAUUGGAAAAGUUGGGUUUGGUCAGCACGGCCAAGAGAGUGGCGACUAUGGCACUGCACGAUGGACAGUUCGGGGAGAGACAGCAGAGGAAUAGGGAGAAGAAGGAGGUCAGGGCCAAGGCGGAGAAGCGCGCCAAGCGAGCGGCGGCGAGAAGCGAGACGUAG